AUGGUGGCAGCGUACAAGGUGACGGAGAAGCGCUGGAAGCGGGUGACAGACGAUGACUUGCUGCAUGACACAGCGCUACUGGACCCGCGCAGUCUUAACAAGAAGCAGCAGACGAAAGUGCGGCGCAUUGGCUCAUGGAAAUGGGGUCCGGAGGACGAAGAGCGGUCCGUGUUGUCCUUCGAUGAUUUUGGCGCCUCACACCGCGGAUUCUGCGUCAUCUCCAACGCUAUUGACGCGAAGACACAAUUACUUUUUGCCCACGCUUGCCUGACCGAUUUUGCGGAGGAACCGCACGUGACCAACAUGCAUCUGCAGAACCAGCAAGUGCCGAACAUUUGGCGUAAGGCGUGUGAUUCGCACCCGCAGGAUCCGGCCGAGUCUCCGCUGCUCGCGAAACUUUGCUGGGCGGCCUCAGGAUAUCACUACGACUGGACAGCGCGAAAGUAUCAUAAAGGCAGCUUUUCUCCCGUUCCUGAGCUACUUCAACAACUCGGUACAAAGUGCGCUGCUGUAUGUGGUAUGACGCUAGAGGCCGAGGCUGUGAUCGUCAACUACUAUAAAACGAAGUCGUCGAUGGGCGGUCAUCUCGACGACGUUGAGUACACGAUGGAUCAUCCCGUAGUCUCGCUAUCGCUUGGCAGUAAGUGUGUGUUCCUCAUGGGCGGGCACACCAAGGACGAGGCACCGUUAGAGAUAUUGCUACGAAGCGGCGAUAUUGCAAUUAUGGGUGGAGCAUCCCGGACGUGCUAUCAUGGCGUGGCUCGCGUACUUCCCACUCCGUUCAGUAUGAAGAGUAAGGAACUUGACGCACUUCCACUUAGCAAUGAUGACCGUGAGCAAUACGAAGCCGUUCGCACGUAUUUGGGCUCGCAACGUAUUAACAUCAACGUCCGACAAGUGUACCCAACGGACCCAUGCUGCAACGUUUGAGUAACUGGCCGCUGGAAAUAGAGAAAGUGAAUACCGCCCGCCUCAUAGUGGUACAUACCGCAGAUUCAACGUACGUGGCAUAAUGGAAUUUGAACGAAAGGAUUUUCUUGUAC